GGCGGGACCUGGCGGCCGGGUGCGGCGGGCUCCCUCGGGUCUGGGAAAGCGGUCUGCACUAGGCGGCCGUGGCGCGAUGGAGGUGCCAGCCGAGCUGCUGGCCACGCUCCCCGCGCUGUUCACGGUGCUAGCGCUGCUGCUCGCCUGGCUGCUGCUGCGACGCGGGGCGGCCCCAAAGCCCGCUCCACCGGCCGAGACCACCGGGACCCCCACGCCGCCCAGCCCCUGCGCCCCGGAGCCCGCGGGACCCGGAGAACCCGAGGGCCCGGAGGAGCCCGGGGAGCCCGCGGCGGCGCCGGCACAGGCGGAGGAUCUGAUGGCCGAGGCCAAGAAGGAGGAGGAGCCGGACUCGGACGGUGACAAGGGCCCGCCCUCGGCAGAGCCAGAGGACGAGGACGGAGAGGCCUUCUCCUUUAAAUACAGCCCGGGGCAGCUGAGGGGGAACCAGUACAAGAAGAUGAUGACCAAAGAAGAACUGGAGGAGGAGCAGAGAGUUCAGAAAGAGCAGCUGGCUGCCAUCUUUAAGCUCAUGAAGGACAACAAGGAGACGUUUGGCGAGAUGUCCGAUGGUGACGUGCAGGAGCAGCUCCGGCUCUAUGACAUGUAGGCCGCCGCCCAGCAAGACGUGACGCAGGAUGACCUGACUCCGGUACCAGGACUGCCCUGACCCUGGGCGCAAGGGCUUGUGAUUUCCACACUUCAGCAGGCAGAAGUUGAUCGUAUAGAUAGCGAGGUGGAUGACAUACAAUUUUGCUCAACACUUGCGAUUUAGGUAUCACCUUGUGGGAAUCAGCGUUCUCUUCAGAGGAGAAAACCCCCAACCCUUUGGUUUCUGCCGGCAGGUGAGGCUUCGGCUGUCAUUGGCCCUUGGGUGACCCUCUGAGGCCCUCUGCUGAGCCAGCUCAGUCCCGCCCCAGCAGGCCCCAACAAGUCGGGUGGAGAGAGGUUCAGGGUGCAGUGAGGACAGGACAUCACCACAGCUCCUGCCCCAGACACGCCUUCUCAUUCUGUCUUAGAAGGGUUUCUGGAAGCUCCUGUGGGGGCAGCAAGCAGCAGGGGAGCGUUCUUUAGCAAAAAGUUGAAUUCAAAGGCUCAGCUUCUACCCUGGGCCACCACAGUGGUGUCGGAGUGAGCUGCCUCUAAGAGUUUCACAGAAGCAGAGACUUCCUUUAUAUAUGUAGAAGACUUGUGUGCAUUGAAGGCACCUACACCUACAUGUCUAUGUCUAGACAUUCUGGAGAGAUGAAAUCGAAUACGAAGCAUGGAGCUGGGCUGUAGCUCAGUGGUAGACUGCUUGCCAAGCAGGUGCAAGGUCCUGAGUUUGAUCCCCAGGACUGCAAAAAACAAAAACAACAACAACAACAAAAUAUAUAUAUAUAUGCUCAAAUGAUCUAUAAGACAGUGCCUGGGACACCACAGGCGACCUCUUGGUCCCUGAAUAAAUGCAUCACGAUGGUGGUGGAAAUGAAGCUGGCUCCUUCCUGCCCACAGAUCCUGCUUUUCAUAGCCCCACAGACAGCAAGAAAACUGAGUUAGGGAGGGUGCUAUGGAAGGAACAUAUGAAAGCUCUUAGAUUAGUUUUUAUUUGCUGAAACAAAUGAAAUCACUAAAUGGAAGAACCCGUGGCAUUUUGGACACCUCAAGUGACUAGGGUUAACUUCUUCCCAUCGCCUCCUGUGUGCCUGAGCUUUUCAGGGAGCCCUCACGGUGCAUAUUCCUUUCGUUUCUUUCUUUUUUUUUUCCGGUACCAGGGAUCAAACUCAGGACCUUCUGCUUACAAGGCAGGUGCAGCACUGCUGAGCUGAAUCCCUGGCCCUUCUUUGCUGAAGAUACUUGCUUUGCUCUGGAUCUGCCAUUCAGUCCAAAUGUUCGAGCUUUUUUCUGUUCAUUUUUGUUGUCGAUGCUUUUUUCUUUUUUUAAAAAAAAAAAUAGUCUUGUUUUUGUAAAUGCAUGUUAGAUACUCUAUGAUUCCAGGAUGAUCUGUUCCCUAUCUUGGGCCCCAGGGACCCCCUUUCCCAAGCAGGAAUAACUCACAUGUGCUUGCGUCAAAAGCCUCAUGGCUGUGGGGAAAAUAAGUGGAAGGAACUUUUGUACACUUGUAGCUGCUGAGAUGUCCUGACUGCAAAGACAAAACUCCAACUGAACUGGCUUAAAUAAGAGGACAGUCUCUCAUGAGAAGUCCAAAGGAACAGCAGCUCUAGCCCCAGGGCUCAGCUGCCAUUCUCUUAGCUCAGUCUCUCCCUGGCCCUUUGCUGCAGACUAGCUCUCCUCAUGAUGGCAAGAUGGCUGCAGGAGUCCAGGUGUCAAGUCCAGAAGCGGGAAAAGGACCAUCUCUUGCUUUUGUGUCCAGGAGUAGAAGUGCUCCAGAUGCCACCCCCCACCUUCCAGUCCCAGUGGCUAGGAUAUGCCAUGUACCUGUGUUUCCUCCAAUUAUGAGCAAGGGGAUGGGAUCACUGUGGCAUCGGGAUGAGGAAACAAAAUACCAUUAGGGCUGCUGGAAAACAUAAGGUAGGAGAGAAAGAAAUACAGGGCAGGAUGGAUGGAGACAGCAAACAUGGAGGGAGGCAUCUGUGUGGCAGCCCAUGCCAAAAUAUCACUAUGAUGUCACUUUCACCCGGGCCGAAGCCAUAACAAUGAUGUCACUUCCACCUGGGCCUGGAGCCAUCGCAGCCAAGAAAAGCUAACCUCAACCCAACUCUCUUCCGACUGGGGUUAAAAGACCACACAGGUGUUCAAAGUCACACCUGGCAGUGGGAAUCAGGCUCCGAGCCUUUCAAUGCACCCCUCCUUCUCUACUCUGGCCCUGUCCUAGGCUGACUGCCCUAAAACACAAACAGCAGUGGCUGAGACACUAAUUCUUGUCUCCAGGCUCAGAACCACACGGGGCCCCUUGUCACACAUCCCCAUUUACCAAUCCCUGUGCUACAAACUCUUCCGGGCCUCCUUUCCUGCAAAAAUGACUGUUGUAGCUCCACCCUGUGGACAGGAUUAGCUGGCUCCUCCAUUCCUGUAUUACAAAUAACUGCCUUCUCCAAUGGCCAUGAGUUAGCUAUACUGGAGGCAACCUUGCUGUGAAUGCCCAUGGAGGGCCUGUACUGGUUUUCAAUUUUUCUUAACUCUGAACAUGUGAAUCAUUUUACUACAAACAGCUCACUGUGGGUUUGGCCUUUCCCGUUUGAUUUUAAGAAAAUGUGUUUGUCUCAAGGACCUCCCUGUACCUAAGAGUUUGACAAAGCCCAAGUUUAUAUUCUGGGGGGCUCUCUGGGCCUGGGAAGAAAAGUACAGGAUCAGAUUUCAACUAUAAACGUGAAUGGGUCCAGCACACCUGUGACCCCAGCACUCCAGAAGCUGAAGCAGGAGGAUCUCCGUGAGUUUGAGGCCAACUUGGACUACACAGGCUCUGCCUCAGAUAAAUAAAUAAAUAUAAAUAAAUAAAGGCAACAGAGUCAUUUAUGUGGAAGUAGGGACUGCAGAAGAAUACCAGCAAGACACCUCUCUCUGGGCCGCAUCUGCAGGACGGCUGGACUUGGCAGAGACCCACAGUCAUCCGAGAGGUCUGCCACCCCAUUUGGGAUAGCGACUCUACUCCGUGCUGGAGAGGUGCCGGGUAGGCAGGUCUCCUACUCUCCCAUGUCAAUGCUGUUUCCCUCCUCCUGUUCUCAAAGCCUCCAGGGAGAGGCCUUUUUGGAGAAGAGCAGAGUACCAGAAAUCCUUAGCCCAGUCUACAGCGUAACCCCCCAGUUUUAAAUAACUCGAGGCUCACUCAGCCAAGCAUGCCUUCCCAGGUGUACUGCUGGGUCUGGGAAAACAAAGGUCUAGCCCAGAGAUUUUCCAUUGCCACACUUUUGUUGUUGUUGUUGUUUGUUUGUUUAAACUACUGUCAUUUUGUUUUCUAUUUUUCCCCCUAGGACUUUUACCAAGCACUCUGUUUUUAUCAGUUUAGGUUCUAUCCUUUUGGCAUUUCUUAGCACCCUACCUACAAUGUCUGUAGAUAAAUCAUUCCUUAGAAAAUAUUGUCAUCUUCCCAAUUCUUUGUUUCUUCCCCCAGUACUGGGGAUGGAACCUAGGGCCUUUGCACUGAGCUGUAUCUCAAACCGAUGCCCCUCCUUUUUUUUUUUUAAUUUUGAGACAGGUUUCAUUAAGUCAUUAAAUCACCCGGGCUUGAAUUUUCCAUUCUCCAGCCCCAGCCUCCCAGAGCGCUGGGAUUACAGGCGAGCACCACCAUGCCCGGCUGCUACUUUUUUUUUGAAUGCCACAGCCCAGUUUUUUUCAGCCAUUUCUCCCUCUGACGGCCUCUUCAUUGUUUUCAGAAUUUUACUAAUUCAAAUAAUAUUACUAUAAAGCUUGGGUACGUGUUGCUUCCUGUUUGUGGAAGUUCAUUUGCAGAGUGGACGCCCAGAAGAAGCCUGCUAGGUCAAAGGUUAGUCUGCAUCUUCUACAGGGAGAACCAAUUUCUGCACCUUUCUUUACAGUGUUGUCAAGCUUUUGGACUUUUGCCAAGCGGAUGGAUCAGAAAUCUUGGUUCAGUAAAGGUCUAACUUGCCUUCUUCCUUACGUGAAAUGGUCUGAGCGCCCCAUUAAAAUGUUUAGGGCCCUUUUGCAUUUCCCCCCUCCAAUAAACUGUUUUAUGUUUCAUUUUC